UUCCAUGGGCUGGGCAGUGGAGGGAUUUUGGGAAUUCCAUGGGCUGGGCAGUGCAGGGAUUUUGGGAAUUCCAUGGGCUGGGCAGUGCCAUUCCUGCUGUUCCUCCUCCUCCUCUGCCAGGGGGACUCCUGGUGGGAUUCCCUGAGGAUCCCCCUCCCAGCCGGAUCCUGCCGGGCCCCGAGCUGGAAUAUUACACCCAGAGAUUCCGGAAAUCCGGCUUCAGGGGGCCCCUGAACUGGUACCGGAACAUCCGAACCAACUGGAACUGGGCCCUCUCGACCAGGGACAGGAAGAUCCCGCUGCCGGCUCUGAUGGUGACGGCCGGGAAGGACCCGGUGCUGCUUCCCAGCCUCAGCAAGGGCAUGGAAAACUGGAUCCCGCGGCUGCGCCGGGAGCACCUGGAGGAAUGCGGGCACUGGACGCAGAUGGAAAGGCCGGCCGAGGUGAACAGGAUCCUGCUGGAGUGGCUGGAAGGGCUCCCGCCGGACGUCCCUUUUCCCGGGAAUUCCCGGCUGUGAACAGGAGCCUUUCCUGGAUUUCCCUUCCCUUUUCCCGGGAAUUCCCGGCUGUGAACAGGAGCCUUUCCCACCUUUCCCUUCCCUUCCCUUUUCCCGGGAAUUCCCGGCUGUGAACAGGAGCCUUUCCCGGAUUUCCCUUCCCUCCAUCCCCUUUUCCCGGGAAUUCUUGGCUGUGAACAGGAGCCUUUCCCACCUUUCCCUUCCCUUUUCCCGGGAAUUCCCAGCUGUGAACAGGAGCCUUUCCCGCCUUUCCCUUCCCUCCAUCCCCUUUUCCCGGGAAUUCCCGACUGUGAACAGGAGCCUUUCCCGCCUUUCCCUUCCCUUCCCUUUUCCUGGGAAUUCCCGGCUGUGAACGGGAGCCUUUCCCAGCUUUCCCUUCCUUCCAUCCCCUUCUCCUGGGAAUUCCCAGCUGUGAACGUGAAUCUUUCCCAGCUUUCCCUUCCCUUCCCUCCGUCCCUUUUCCCUGGAAUUCCCAGUUGUUACCCACAGCCUUUCCCGGCUUUCCCUUUCCCUCCAUCCCCUUCUCCCGGGACCCAGGGCUUGGAAUUCCCGUUGGAAUUGUGCCUUUGCCCUUGGAAUUGUGCCUUUGCCACUGGAAUUGUGCCUUUGCCCUUGGAAUUGUGCCUUUGCCCUUGGAAUUGUCCCUUUGCCCUUGGAAUUGUGCCUUUGCCCUUGGAAUUGUGCCUUUGC